CCCUCUCCUCCUCCCUCCUCCCUCCUCAUCAGACUCGGACGUCAGGCAGGAAGGAGUAGCCUCUCUCCAAGAUGGCUGCGACCAUAGAGACCAGCGGCGCCGUGCAGACAAAGAAGAAGCACCUCGGCAUCCCUGAGGCUGUGUUCGUGGAGGAUGUCGACUCUUUUAUGAAGCAACCGGGCAACGAGACAGCCGACUCAGCGCUGAGGAAGCUGGACGAACAGUACCAGAAAUAUAAAUACAUGGAGCUCAACCUGUCUCAGAAGAAACUCAGGUUGAAAAGCCAGAUCCCACAAAUCACACAGACGCUAGAAAUCCUUCGACACAUGCAGAAGAAAAAGGAGACCACAGACCCCAUGGAGACACACUUCCUACUGGCUGACAAUGUUUACUGCAAGGCCUCAGUGCCGCCCACCGAUAAAGUCUGCCUAUGGUUAGGGGCUAACGUCAUGUUAGAGUACGACAUCGAUGAAGCCCAGGCUCUCCUAGAGAAAAAUCUAUCCACAGCAUCUCGUAACCUAGAGACACUCGAGGAUGAUCUGGACUUCCUGCGAGACCAGUUCACCACCACCGAAGUCAACAUGGCACGAGUCUACAACUGGGACGUGAAGAGAAGGAGCAAAGAAAACCUCCUCAAAUCAGCCGACAAGUCUUAAUAUCGACAGCACAGCGUCCACAUCCCCUUCUGCUAACUUAGUCAAAAAAACAAACAAACCCCCGACCUCCUCCCCUCCUUAGUCAUGUGUAACGUUCACCCCAGAGCUCGACGGACGAGAGGUCACGUUUAAAAUGACUCCAUUUUUGAACGCGUCCUCCCGUCAAAGUCGAGCUCAAACUUCCACCACUACUGUUUUCUGUUGAUUUGUUACUUUUUAAAGUAUUUUUUCAAGUAAAAACUAACAAAAAAAAAACAAAGGCAACGAGGCAAUUUUUGUAUUCUUUUGAAUGAUUUAA